AUGGAUACCAGCUGCCUAUCAUCUAUCAACAUAGCUGGAGCGAAGCAAGUAAGAUCUUUUGCCGGACAACUUCAUACACAGAGGUGCUUCACAAGCAGCAGUGUCCAGGCACUAAAAACCAGUCACCGUACGACCUCCCUUGGCUUAAGGAAUAAAGUAAAAGGAUCACGCCGUGGACUUCGUGCUCUGCAGGUUGUUUGCCAAGAUUUUCCAAGGCCUCCACUAGAGAACACGAUUAACUAUUUGGAAGCUGGCCAGCUUUCUUCGUCGUUUAGAAGCAGUGAACGCCCCAGUAAACCAUUACAGGUCGUGAUUGCUGGUGCAGGAUUGGCUGGUCUAUCAACUGCAAAGUACCUGGCAGAUGCUGGCCAUAAACCCAUAGUGCUUGAGGCAAGAGAUGUGUUGGGCGGAAAGUUAGCUGCAUGGAAGGAUGAAGAUGGUGAUUGGUACGAGACUGGCCUUCAUAUUUUUUUUGGAGCUUAUCCCAAUGUACAGAAUUUGUUUGCUGAGCUUGGUAUUAGUGAUCGCUUGCAAUGGAAGGAACACUCCAUGAUAUUUGCCAUGCCAAACAAACCAGGAGAAUACAGCCGUUUUGAUUUUCCAGAGACUUUGCCGGCGCCCUUAAAUGGAGUGUGGGCCAUACUGAAAAACAAUGAAAUGCUUACUUGGCCGGAGAAGGUGAAGUUUGCUAUUGGGCUUCUACCUGCAAUGCUUGGUGGCCAAGCUUACGUUGAAGCUCAAGAUGGCUUAACUGUUUCAGAAUGGAUGGAAAAAGCACAGGGUGUUCCUGAUCGGGUCAACGACGAGGUUUUUAUUGCAAUGUCCAAGGCACUCAAUUUCAUAAACCCUGACGAGUUAUCCAUGCAGUGCAUUCUGAUUGCUCUAAACCGAUUUCUCCAGGAGAAGCAUGGCUCGAAAAUGGCAUUCUUGGAUGGUAAUCCUCCUGAAAGGCUAUGCAUGCCUAUUGUUAACCACAUUCAGUCUUUGGGUGGUGAGGUCCGGCUGAAUUCUCGUAUUCAGAAAAUUGAACUGAACCCGGACGGAACAGUGAAGCACUUUGCACUUACUGAUGGGACUCAAAUAACUGGAGAUGCAUAUGUUUUUGCAGCACCAGUUGAUAUCUUCAAGCUUCUUGUACCACAAGAGUGGAGAGAGAUCUCUUAUUUCAAAAGGCUGGAUAAGUUGGUGGGAGUUCCUGUCAUCAAUGUUCAUAUAUGGUUUGACAGAAAACUGAAAAACACGUAUGACCACCUUCUUUUCAGCAGGAGUUCACUUUUAAGCGUUUAUGCAGACAUGUCUUUAGCGUGCAAGGAGUACUAUGAUCCAAACCGUUCAAUGCUGGAGCUGGUCUUUGCUCCAGCAGAGGAAUGGAUCGGGCGGAGUGACACCGAAAUCAUCGAAGCAACUAUGCUAGAGCUAGCCAAGUUGUUUCCUGAUGAAAUCGCUGCUGACCAGAGUAAAGCAAAGAUUCUUAAAUACCAUGUUGUGAAGACACCGAGGUCCGUUUACAAGACUGUCCCGAACUGCGAACCUUGCCGACCCCUGCAACGAUCACCGAUCGAAGGGUUCUAUCUGGCCGGCGAUUACACAAAGCAGAAAUACCUGGCUUCCAUGGAGGGUGCGGUUUUGUCAGGGAAGUUUUGUGCUCAGUCCAUAGUGCAGGAUUCUAAGAUGCUGUCCCGCAGGAGCCAGGAGAGCCUGCAAUCCGAAGCCCCGGUCGCCUCCAAGUUGUAG